GAAAAAUGAGCUUUUUAUACCACAUAGAUUCACUAUCCUAUCUUAUUCUAUAGGGGAGGAGAGUGUCGGUCAGAAUCAUAUGCAAAACAAGACCCCGAUUUUUCACUUUUCAGAGAGGUGAUCUAUCGAGAUGCCUUCCGGAAAAGCCUCGAACGACGACUACCCUCCAAAAUUGACGGCUUCAGAAUCUGAACAGCUUCUUUCGACAGUCAAAGACUGGUCAAUAGCCAAUGGCUUGGCUGUGAGGCCGCCGGUCUCUCUUGUCAAAGCUACAGCGGAUCCUCACGGAAUCCUGGCAACAACCGCACCAGUCACCUUAUUUCCAAGUCCUUUCCCUCGAGUAUGCUUUGAGCAAGCCAAAUCUAUUCAAAAAUCCUACAACAAGUUGUACGCGGCUAUUGCACAGGAUCAAGAGUUUUUAGGCAACAUCAUCCAAGAAAUUCUUGAAGUAGAUGAAUUCAUAGCUCAAUUAUGGCAAGUGCAUUUGAAGGUGAAAGAUGAAGGUUAUGUGCAGAACCUCUCGCUUGGUCUGUUCAGAUCAGACUACAUGGUUCACCAGAACACAUCCGAUGCCGCACCCACAAUCAAACAGGUUGAAUUCAACACAAUUGCUUCAUCUUUUGGCGGGCUAUCUUCUCAGACUUCAAGAUUACACAAACAUCUCUCAGUUCUAGACUAUUCGCUCCUUGAAAGCUCGCUUCAGGCCAAAGACCUAGACCUCCCUGAGAACGAAAGCACAAAGUCUCUUGCAGCAGGACUAGGAGUUGCGUUUGACACAUACAGAUCGACCUCUGAACCAAUACAUGAGUGUUGCAUCAUCUUCCUGGUCCAAGACCCGGAACGAAAUAUAUUCGACCAAAGACAUCUCGAGUAUGCAUUGCAACAAAACAACUCACCAAUUCCAGUCUUCCGUCUCCCAUUCGGAGAAAUUCUCUCACGAACUUCCAUAGCAGAAACCCCGAAACGACAGCUUCUGUACCAUUUACCUAGUAAUCCUUUAGAAGUCUUUGAAGUAGCUAUUGUAUAUUUCCGCGCCGGGUACGGACCCACAGACUAUCCCGAUGACUCGGCAUGGAAAGCACGCCUCCAAAUCGAGCGAUCAAACGCCAUCAAAUGUCCAACAAUCCUCACCCAACUAGCAGGAGCCAAAAAAGUACAACAAGUUCUCGCCACACCAACCUCACCAGAAACACCUUCUAUCCUAAAACGCUUCAUCAAAGACUCUCCAAAAGAAAUCGAAGAGUUAGAGAAAACAUUCACAAACAUCUAUCCCCUUGAUGACUCGCCCUCCGGUCUCUCAGCCCGAAAGCUCGCCACCGAUCAUUCAGACUGCAAAGGCUAUGUCCUGAAGCCGCAACGUGAAGGAGGCGGAAACAACACCUACCGGACCGCCAUCCCACCCUUCCUCAAAUCUCUCCCAGAAACACACUGGAAAUCGUAUAUCCUGAUGGAGAUUAUCACACCUCCACCAGUCCACAACAUCAUUCUCCGCAACGGAGUUCUGGAACAAGGAGGUGUGAUCUGCGAGUUAGGUGUUUAUGGGACCUGCCUUUGGGAUCAGGGGACGGGAGAAGUGUUUCAUAAUGAGGAGGCGGGGUAUCUUUUAAGGACGAAGGGGGAUAAGAGUGAAGAGGGCGGAGUUGCUGCGGGCUUUGGGAGCAUGGAUAGUUGUCGAUUGGUGUGAGGGCGAAGUGACGUGCAUUUCUGGUUUGUACGCGCCCUUACAAGAAAAGUGAUAUAUUUCGCUCCUGUACAAGACAGAAGUCGCUCUGUCCCAAUACGCCAAUCUGCGAAGACCCAGAGCCCAGAGCCCACCAACACGAGAUGGUAACAGUCGAUGUUUCCCGUCGCCUGCCAGUGAACG